GAAAUGUAUAAACAUAAUUUAUUUGCUAUUGCAUAAUAUUGCAUACUAGUGAUCAAAGUAGAUGCUUGCUGCACCACCGAUAAACAGUGAAACUCCAACGCCUAAAGUCAUCUUUGUUCCAACGGGACUUUCAUACCAAAAUUUCAUAGCUAAAGGGCGGUCAAUUGAUUAAUCACUCAAUUAAUAAUAGAAACAAUUCUAAUUUUUGAUUGUUUUUAUUUUU